AUGGCCCCGGUGCUUAGUGCUCAUCCGCAGGUCACGGCGACGCUGGGUCUGCUCCUGUCUGUGCUCAGUUUGGCUGCUGGUGGAAAGCUGCUGGUAACAUAUGUGGAUGGGAGUCCUUGGUUCACCAUGCGGGAAGUGUUGGACAGUCUCAGGCAGAAAGGGCAUGAAAUAGUCGUCGUUGCACCAGAGAUAAAUAUACACAUAAAACCAAUGAAGAAUGUUGUUAUGAAAAUGUACCCAGUUCCUUUUACACAGGAAGAGAUGGAUGGAAAUCUCCACGCAUUUUUACAAGAUUUAUUUGAAGAAGCAUCUUUUGUGGAAAGAUUUGUUAAAGGAUACCAAGGCUUAAAAAAAAUCUCUGAUUUGAUAUUGUCGAACUGUGCACACUUACUGUCCAACACAGAGCUUCUCAGAUAUCUUGAGGAGAGCAAGUUUGAUGCCAUCCUUACAGACCCUGCACUACCCUGCGGGCCCAUCCUGGCUGAGCAUCUCUCAGUCCCUUCCGUGUUUUUUUUGCGAGGAAUACCCUGUGGUUUAGAUUUUGACGCCACUCAAUGUCCCAAUCCCCCUUCUUACGUCCCCAGGGGAUUCACAGACCUUACAGACCGCAUGAACUUUCUCCAGCGUGUGAAGAAUCUAGUCUUUGACACCCCAAAUUAUUUCCUCUGUGAUUUUGUCCUUCAACCAUAUGCAAAACUGGCUUCUGAGUUCCUCCAGCGGGAUGUGACUCUGCCAGAUCUCUUACGCAAGGCUUCUAUUUGGCUCAUGAGGUCAGAUUUUGUGUUAGAUUAUCCAAGACCUCUGAUGCCCAACAUGAUUUUCAUUGGAGGAAUGAACUGCGCUCACAAGAAGCUGCCUCAGGUGGGUCAUUCUCUGUUUUCAGUUCUUGCUCUGGUAGACUUCUGUGUUUAUAAGCGUGAAAUUGUGUACAGCAGAUAG